GCUUAACAGCUUUUGCAACCCCAUUGUUUACGGUAAGUUGGUUUCUACAUCCAUAAGUGACUUUCUCAUUCCAAAACCAGCUCAAUUGGUUAGAUAUUUUUGAGGUCUCGAAAUAUUGCAGCUGUAUAAUCCCACAUUACAGUAUAAGUCGGAUACUGGCUCUCAACUCUCUUACACAUUCCCUUAACCGCAAAGAUAUCGCGGCUACAUUUACAUUCGUCGUUAAUCAAAGUACCUCUCAACGCUAGCUAUAUUUCUAAUCCUGAAGUCUGCUAUAUUGACACGCACCUGUUGACCAUCAAUUGGUGGGCAGUAGGGCAAAACGCAUCCGUCUCGCACCGUCUCUGCAUUAUGACAUCUACUCACGCGGCCGGGUCCCCGGCCCCGUCUUCCAGCAUGAACUCCCCCGUCCUUCAUCCAGUGUCUGCUCCUCUUCCAAAUGGAUCUUUAUUAUAUGGCAAUGCCAGAGCUUCCCCGGUGCCGCUGAGUACCUCCUCAGGCCAGGUCGACAGUGCAAGGUCGAAACGCAACAAACGCGAUAGCCGUAAGAAAAGGGAGGCCAAGGGAUUGGACCAGGAAAACGCGCCUCCCAAAAAGAAAUCGGUUGUCUUACACAAUGCUGCCGUCCCGAGCUCCGAUCUCAGCAUCCUAAGACCAAUUGCAGUUGGGGAACCCAGACGCUCCGAUCGACUACCUCCUCAGGCCCGCCAAUUGAAUUUCGCAGUGCGCAAAAUGUCCAGUGUAAUUGGCCAUAGUUGGGAUUUCUAUGAAGUCGUUGACAAACUUACGAAUAAGAAUGGUUUUCGCUAUAGCUAUGCCAUAGCCGAUAAUGAGUUCUCUCAUAUCAAAUACCGCCAAACGGACGUUCCUCCGUAUCACGCACGAUUCAGCUUUGAAGACUCCCCAGCUGCAAUUCUCUUUUCUAAAGAUGCUCUUGCAGUUACAACAAACGACCCAUGGCAUACAGCGCGUGCUAAUGUAUGCGCACGCGAAGGGUCAUACUAUUAUGAAGCUCGCAUCAUAAGUGGUGUACUGAGUGAUUCAAGGGCAACAUCUUCGAAUGGGAAGACCAGCUUGUCCUCAAGGGGCCAUGUGCGCAUUGGGUUUGCUAGAAGGGAGGCAGAUCUUGAUGUUAACGUAGGGGUUGAUUGCUAUGGCUAUGGGAUCCGUGAUGUAAACGGUGAAGUGGUCAAUCGCAUGCGGUGCGAAUAUUUCUUCCCAAAAGGCGAAUCGAUUCGUGAAGGUGAUGUUAUUGGCAUGCUUAUCAACCUUCCGCGUCUUUCACUGCACAAACAAAUUGUUGAGGGAGCAUACGACGCCGGAAACGAUACUUCAAGAUCAAACCCGGGGCCUGGGUCAGCUACAAAUAUUAUCCGUGAUCGCAUCCCCUUCCACUACAAAAACGACUUUUGCUGGCAACAAUCCAAUGUCUUUCCUACUAAGCAAUUACGCGACUAUGCCUUCAACCUUAAGGAAACCCCAGCAUCCGGAGCCCCGUCUCCAUUGAACGGAGAAGACGCCUCUCUACGCACAUUGCCGGACUCCAGUAUCUCAAUAUACAAAAACGGCGUAAAGAUGGGCACUGCUUUCAAGGAAUUAUAUACGUUCCUACCACCGGCCAGCAGACUAGCCAAUGGUACCAACAAUCUCGGGCUCGGAGAACGUGAAAAUGCUGACGACGGUAUGAUCGGGUACUACCCGGCUGUUAGUUGUUAUGGAGGUGGUGCUGUCGAAUGCCGCUUUCAGGCUCCUUGGUGGUUUGGCCCUCCCUCAAAUGAAGACAAUGACAAGCCAGUCGUUGGGGUAGGAGAACGUUUCAACGAGCAAAUCGUCGAGGACAUUGUAGCCGACAUUGUAGAUGAAGUGGAGGCAAUGAUCGUCUGGGGUGGUGUGGAAAGUGACAUUGUUAAUAACGCCGAAAUAGAUGACUCUGGCGCCGGGGCUGUUGGAGGCACAGACGUUCUCAAAGGUGGCGUCGGUGCUGCUUACAACCCCACCACGACCUUGUCUACUGCCCCUGCAGACAGCAAUGGGAGGAAUUGCGGUACAAACAUAAAACUUGCAGACCAGGACACGGGCCACUCUACUUUCGAAGAUGUUAUGAACAUUGAUGCAACAAGUACAUCUAAUGCUGAUAUUGCCAUGCCCUCAGAACCUGAUGACACGCCAAUGAAUGGGGCUUGAGAAGGGGGGUUCAAGUCGUACGCAUUAGUUUUGCUGUUUGAACUUGAUUAGGUGCUUCCAUAUACUCCCAAUGCAUAGUGGAACUUGGAGACUCUUAUCCUCAAAUUCCAAGGAUUUGGCAUGAUGUGUGCCCUGGAAUGCUUCAAGAUUUGACACUAUAUAACAUAAUUAAUUUACAGUCCGUGACCCUCUAAUAUUUCGCCUACUUCCAGGACAAGUUUGUCGUCACCAUACUGGCCAAUUAUCUGGAUACCGGUCA